AUGGCCCCCGAGAAGAGGUCUCAUGACGACUAUAGUGUCGGAUGGAUCUGCGCCUUACCAAAGGAGCAGACAGCCGCGACAGCAAUGUUAGAUGAGAGACAUCCAGAUCUCCCAAAGAAUAUGAAUGAUACAAACACCUACACGCUCGGCUCAAUCGGCUCCCAUAAUGUUGUCAUAGCUUGUUUGCCCAAGGGACAAUAUGGCACCAAUUCUGCGGCUCAUGUUGCAACACUUAUGAUCGGGUCGUUUCCUUCCGUAAAAAUCGGGCUUAUGGUCGGUAUUGGGGGCGGUGUACCCAUGAAAGUGAGGCUUGGAGAUGUUGUUGUGAGCACUCCGGGUGGCCAACAUGCUGGAGUAAUCCAGUGGGAUCUCGGUAAAGCCACAGAAGGCGGAACAUUUGAGAGGACUGGGGCGUUGAGCAAUCCGCCGGGCUCUCUUCUAACCGCCUUGGCCAAGUUAGAGACGGAACAUGAGCUGACCGGCUCAAAGAUCCCUAGCUUCUUAGACGAACUCAAGGCGAAGUAUCCAAGAUUGGCGAAGAAAUACUUGAAGUCUGAUUCUCUUCAAGACGUUCUUUUUAAAGCAGACUACCCUCAUGUUAAUGAGCCUUUUAUGAAUACUGAGGGUCCCACUGGGGGAAUUGCCGAACCAUCCCAGGCGGAAGACGUGGAAGAAUCGGGAGGAGAAGGGUAUGAAGAGCCGUGCCUCUUUUGCGACAGAAACAAUAUCCUGCCGAGGAGACGUCGAUCAAUGAAAGUGCAUUAUGGGCUGAUCGCAUCAGGGAAUAAGGUCAUCAAAGACGCAUUAUAUCGGGAUAAACUGAAUGAUGCCCUUGGAGGAAACGUUCUCUGCUUUGAGAUGGAAGCGGCUGGCCUGAUGAACAAUUUCCCAUGUUUGGUCAUUCGGGGCAUCUGUGACUAUUGUGACUCACAUAAAAACAAACACUGGCAAGAACAUGCGGCCGCCGUGGCAGCGGCAUUUGCUAAGGAGCUUCUCGGUUGUAUUCAACCCAGCGCCGUUAAGGGCGAGCAGUUUAUGAGAGACAUCAUGUGGGAUCAGACACCAGAGAAGAUGACCGCUACUCUUGUCAAACAACUCGCCCAAAAUCUCAGACCCUUCCCCGAAGCGGUGCAUCAGCUUCAUUGUCGACACAAUUCCAUGAAAAGCCGUCCUUUUCUCGGAGAACUUUCCAACACUCUUACCUCUCUUAUUCAGUCCUUUUCAAGAGUUUUUAUUCUCAUUGAUGCCCUCGAUGAAGGCGAUGAUUACGACCGAAAGAAAUUUUUGGACGAAGUGUUCACUAUACAGGCCAAGACUGGGCUCAACCUAUUUGCAACAUCUAGGGCCGCCAUUAAUCACAUUGCAGCUGGGUUUGAAGGAAGCAUAUUUAGGGAUAUUUCUCCCACACGUCACGAUAUCUUUCAGUUCCUCAACGCUCGAAUGUCGGAGCUACCAUCAUUCGUAGCCAAUGACAAAGCGCUCCAAGAGGAGAUUAAAGAGUCUAUUGUAUCAGCUAUUGAGGGAAUGUUCCUCCUUGCUCAACUCUACAUUUACUCUCUGGCGGGUAAGAGGGGGCCAGCAUCAAUCAGAGUAGCACUCCAAGAUAUACACACGGCUUCCUCUUCGGACGAUAGGUCCAGAGUUUUGGACGUGGCAUACGACAAAUCUAUGGAACGAAUACAGCAGCUUAAAGGAGAUUUGCCUCGCGACGCAUUACUCAUCAUCUCUUGGAUUGUCAAGGCUAAAAGGCAAUUGAAGUUGAUAGAGAUACAAGAGGCCCUGGCUGUUGAACUGGGUGCUUUUAAACGAAAUCCGGACAAUAUACCGACAGCCGAACAUAUUUCUCUCGCUUGCGCUUCGUUAGUAAUAGUCAAGGGAGACAGCGUUGAGCUAGUUCACUACACUGCGCAAGAAUAUUUUGAACGUCCAGACAAUAGAUGGAUGGAGCGAGCCCACGACCGCAUAACGGAUAUCUGUAUGACUUAUCUUUCAUUCUCAGGGUUUAGGCAUGAUCUCGGCGUCUCGUGGGAGAGCCUGAUCAGACGAUGCGAAGAGUACCCUUUAUACAACUACGCAACAGCUUACUGGGCGGAUCAUGCCAAAGAAGCUUUGGUUAUGGGCCUGGGAGUCUCUAGGGUUAUUGAUUUUCUUGCAAACGGUCAGACACAAAACUCAUGGUAUCAAGAUUUACUGUACAGCCAUUCCUCUCAGCUUUUCUCUUUGGACGCCAUGCCAUCGCGGUCGACACCGCUGCAUGUUGCAGCUUUCUUUGGCCUACACCAUGUAGUUGCUACGUUGCUUGCACAAGGGCUUUCCCCAAACAUCCAUGACUCGCUACUCCGGAAGCCAAUAUGGUGGGCGACAUGGAACGGACAUACACAAGUCGUGGAGGUUCUUCUGAGCGAUACUACCGACUUGGAAAUAAAUGACACAGAGCAUGGUCAGACGAUCUUACAUGUAGCUGUUUUACAGGGCUACGAGGCAAUCGUUGCAUUGCUCCUUGAUCAACACAAUCUGGAGUCCAAAGAUUCCAUGGGCCGGACGUCGCUGAUGUUGGCAGCCCAAUACGGACGCCAAGCUGUCGCAGAAUUUCUUUUUUCCAAAGGAGCCGAUAUUGAAGCCAAAGACGCCAAUGGCCAAGCACCGUUAUCUCUAGCUGCCAAGUUUGGGCACGAGAACAUUGUUAAGUGGCUUGUUGAGAAAGGUGCUUGUCUAGAAACGAAGGACAACAACAACAGGACACCGCUCAGUUUAAUCGCCGAGACACUGCAUCCGAAAAUAUCCUCAUACAUGACUGCAAAAUAUAACGACACGACUACUACAUACCCCGGGCCUUCCAUUAUUCUUGACUGGGUCAAGCCUGAAAUCAUUGCAGAGUAUCUCAUCGAAAAAGGAGCAAAUAUAGAGACGGAGGACAGCAACGAUGAAACUCCUUUGAUGCUGGCCAUUAAGAGCGCACAAACUAGCCUGACUGCAUGCCUCAUCGACAACGGCGCUAAUCUAGAAGCAAAAGAUGAAAAUGGCGAUACUCUCUUGACAUGGGCAAUUAAAAAUGAAAAAAGCGACCUGAUUGCACACCUCAUUGAGAAAGGAGCCGAUCUGGAAGCAAGAGAUGAGAAUGGCGACACUGUCUUGACCUGGACAAUUAAACAACAAAAAAGUGACCUGGGUACAUAUCUCAUUGAGAAAGGCGCUCGUCUAGAUGCAAAAGAUGAAAAUGGCGAUACUCUCUUGACCUGGGCAAUUAAAAAACGAAAAACGGACCUGGUCACACAACUCAUUGAGAAAGGAGCCGAUCUGGAAGCAACAGAUCGCAGUGGUCAAACACCUUUGAUUCUGGCCACCAAAAGCGAACAGAAGAGCUUGAUGAUAUGCCUUAUUAGCAAAGGAGCUAAUAUAGAAGCAAUGGAUCUCAAAUUUCAGAGCCCAUUAUCCAUAGCUAUCAAAUCAUGGCGCAGGGACAUCAUCGAACUCUUGAUUGAUGAAGACGUCAACAUAAAUAGGGUGAUGUCGAAUGAUCAUACACCAUUGAUGCUGGCAAUUGAGAAUGGUGACAUCGAUACCGCUAAGUUGCUUAUUGAAAAUGGUGCUUUCUUGGAUGGGACUUCAUGGGCAUCCGUUAAGGGUGGCAAAUGGAAGAAAAGCCCGUCCAGUCACGAUAUUGCAAAUGGAUAUAACACCUUGUUAAUUUGCGCCUUGUUAAUUUGCGCUACUGCAAAGGGAAGCAAAUCCCCGUUAACUUGCGCUAUCGCAAAGGGAAGAAAUGACAUCGUGGAAAUGCUCAUCGGUAAAGGAGCUGAUUUGGAGGCUUGCAACUUUAAAACCUGUGAGACCGCAUUGAUUUUCGCCGCGCAAGAAGGUCGUACAAGUAUUACGCGGUUACUCUUGGAGAAAGGCGCCAAUAUGGAAGCCAGAGAUAUCCUAGGUGCAACACCUUUGAGCUGGGCCGCCAGUUUCGGACAUGAAGAUGCUAUUGAGCUGCUUCUCGCCAACAAUGCCAAUAUAGAAGCCGCAACUAUCUUCGGCCAUACACCAUUGGGCAGUGCUGCGCUACUUGGACAAACCGAUGCUGUUCGGUUACUCCUUGACAAUGAUGCGAAUUUAGAAGCCACGGACAUACUUGGACGUACUCCAUUGGUCUGUGCAAUUGUUCAAAACCGUGUUCCAACCAUACGCACAAUUCUAUCUUCUAGAAAAGCAAAAGUACACUGGCGAGACAAGCAGGGAUGUACAUUGAUGCACUAUGCAGUCAAAGAAAAGAACAUACAUUCGGUCAAACUUUUACUUGGAGUGGAUAAGGUGGAAGCUGAUGAAAAGGACAACGAUGGUCGCACACCGUUUUCAUAUGCGGCCGAAUUAGAAGAUCGAUCUGACAUUUGGAGGGCAAUGCUCGCCUCCGGAAAAGUCGACGUUAACACAAGGGACAAUCGCGGUCGUACUCCACUUCUACUUGCAAUGGAGCACAAGGAGAAACGACUCAUGGAAGAAUUGCUUAACCUUGACUCAAUUGAUCCCGACGCAAAAGAUGAUGAGGGACGUACACCGCUACGAUAUGCCAUCGAAUUUCAUAAUAGAUCUGCGAUACGAGUUUUAAUGAGUUCUCGCCGACAUGAAAGAGUUGAUUUCAACGCCAAAGAUGACGACGGACGCACGCCAUUGCAAUCUGCAAUGAGAUGGAAGAUACCAGCCAUUACGGAAGCACUACUUCUCACUGGAAAAGUAGAUACAAACGCAGAAGAUGAAGAGGGAUUCACGCCGCUACUAUAUGCAAUAGAAACAGGAGAUGUACCUCUUCUAAAACUAUUGCUCAAUUCUGAACAGGUCAACACGAACGCGAAAGAUGAAUAUGGGCAGGUCGAUGCAAAUGCAGCAGAUGAACGGGGACAAACACCACUUUUUGAUGCGAUACAAGAAGGACAGAUACCGAUUAUUCAGGCGCUGCUUGAUUCUGGAAAGGUUGAUGCUCAUAUAAAAGACAUGCAAGGCCGCACACCGCUGUCCUAUGCGAUGGAGAUUGGGGAUAAAUUCAUUGUGAAGGCAUUGCUCGAUUUGGACACAGCGGACAUCGAUAUAAGGGACGGUAAAGGAAGGACACCUCUGUCCUAUGCCGCCUCAUACGAUGUGGCCAGGAUGUUGAUCAAGGCACGCAAAGUUGAUGUCAACUCGAAAGAUAAACAGGUUGGCGUAUUAUCGUUUCUAUUUGACUUCAUUGUGUUUGUUCACUCCUCCUCCGGCGGCACCCUCGUCCGUAUCUGCACCCCAUGCCACUCCUUGACAAGAUCCCCCAAAGCAGCAUUCACCAUCCUCUGCUGCUUCAACAUAUUCAACCCCUUAAACACCGGCGAAGUGAUGUCAAUCGCAUACAUGCUUCCGCAACCACCCGAUAUGUCCUGCACAAGCAGCGACGUGGGGUUCAGCUUCUCAGCCAAGACGGCCGCGAUCGAGGAUUCGGCGGGUGACAUGUCCGCCUCCUGCUCUUCCAGCUGCUCAUUCGAAGAAGGCGAAGAGUAUCUCUGGAGAGGAGUCGAGGAGAAAUGGCGGGAUGUCGUCGAGGAGAGGGAGCGAGUGCGCCGUCUGUUGGUGUUGGUGAUGGUGGGUUUGAAUGUGUUUGCGACGGAAGCAAUUGCCGUGCGUGAAGGGCGCGAAGCUGUCGCGAGGAGGCGCAGACGCAGCGCUGAGCGGCAGGAGGAGCAAAUCAUGAUUGUUAUUUGGCAGUUCGAGGUUUGUCCGUCUGUUGGAAGAGCUUGA